AACUAAAAAAUUCUACCUAUAUAUGAUUUAUUACCACCAAGUCGUUACCCCCAAUACGCUUUUCUCACAUAAGGUUGGCGCAAAUCUUCUCACGCAAUGAGGCUCGUAUUUUUGAUCCUCUUAGGAGGAUGCACAGCUAUCUCACUCGACAAGGACGUCAAUGCUCGAUUCCUCGAUAUGAGAGCCGGAGGCUACAACAAGAGCCCCCGAAAGAACCUCGAAGGGACGAACGGUACCUCUCCCGUGCCACAAAUCCUAGGUCACAUCUUUAGAACUAGAGAUGAAUGCAAUAAUGGCAUAGUAGAUUGUCAAGACUAUCAGUGCGACCAAUGCGGAAGCUGUUGUGAAGGAGGUACAUGCGCCGAAAACUUCGGAAACUGUUGUGAUGAGGAUUUUCAUUGCUCUUAUGGGUUCGCGUGCUGCAGUACGGGCUGUUGCUAUCAAGACACGAGCUUUUGUUGUGAUACCUCGCCUACAGGCUGUUGUGUCCAAGGAACUGAGUGCACUGCGGAUGGCUGUGUAGGCGAACCUGCCUUUCUCAUCGAGAGUGUAACGGUCACUACUACCUUCACAUCGGUUAUUUACGACACAUCGACUAUCUAUGAUACGGCCGUGUCCACAAACGUUGGCGUUACGACCGAGUUCGUUACGAGUACAGUCACACGCGACAAUAUCGAAAUUGCAACCGUCACCAAUUAUGUCACUUCGACAAAAAUCGAGAAGCGGUUCCUACCAGAGGAUGCCAAAAGGACCGAACAGCCCGAAGAAAGGAGACAGCGCCCAACGCCUCCUGCUCCUGCUCCUAGCCCUACAGCAGCACGAGGUCUCAGAGUAUUACGCGAUAGCCUCGAAAACAUCGGAUUAUUGCCGAAGAGGGAUGUGACGUCCUAUAUAUAUGACUACGUCUUCGUCUGGGACACUUAUACGAGCGACAUAUACGAGACAAGUACGGUAGCAACUGAAAUUAAUUCCAUGACUACAGAGUAUUCGACAAUCAUUUCCACCGUCUUCAAAGAUGCGAAGAGCACAACAACAGUGGAGUCAACCAUUGUUGUGACAUCGACUGAAGAUGCUACACCAACUUCUGAAUCUUCAUCACGGGACAAAUCAACAGAACCAGUCAUUACGAGGACGUCGAACCAAAUUAUCGUUAAGACUACGUUUGUAGUGGGUGUAACGAACUCGGGAGAUGACGGACCAGUUACGGAAACAGCAUUUAUUGAUGCCGGAGGCGCAAGUAGCCAGGUGGUAGAGACACCUGUCAGCACCACCUCAUCAACAAGUGGCACAGUCGGAUCAACUCCCAGCCCUGAACCUAGCACCUCAAGCAAAAAGAGUGAUUUGAGCACUGGGGCAAAGGCAGGAAUUGGAGCUGGCGCAGGUGCGGCAGGCUUAGCUCUAUUAGGUGCCCUUGUAUUCUUCGCACUUGGAAAGCGAGGCCGUUCAACGUCCAGGACAUCCAGCGACAACAUCCAAGCACCGAUGGCACCGAGUACAGUAUCUACUUGGACACCGCCACCUCCUCCGGCUCGAUACUCUCAUCUUGACGGCCGUGAAGUGUCGUACACAGAGAGAGCGGCGGCAUUGGCUCGUUCCAUGGAAGCCAUGCGUAACCCUAACUCGUCCCCAAACAUCCAGGCCUAUCAGCCAUCAAGUAACUUUAGCCCAAGCAGUCGGGGUGCUUCUCCCUCUGCGCCCUCGGAACUCAUGAUGGGAUAUGAGAGCCCUCGGGAGGGUAGGCAGGAAAUGGGUGGCACAACGGAGAAUAUGGGAUGGUCCAUGGGACCCAACACAGUGCCUGAUCCGCAGUAUCACGAGAUGCCUGCCUCUCCCGAGCCGAGCCGUGCGCAGCAUCCUAGACAAGGUUAUGCACGGUAUUAGCUGAUUCUCCGAGUUCUAUCUUAUUUAGAUACAUAAUGUAUAAUUUUUCGCUUGGACAUAGAGCACUUGCUGUCACAUAUAUGUCAAUACACA